UCAUGAAAAAGUUCACAUAUGUUUUUAUCCUUGUGUAAUAAAAGUUUAUAUUUUGCUACUUUGGAGAAAAUAUUCAUAAAGGUUCUUAAUAUAUCUCUGUGAAUUGUAAAAGUAAUAAAGUUAGACAAAAAAAAAACAAUAUUUCGUAAUUUUACUCAUCGUAUGGUGAACAGUGCCACGGUUACUUACUCUGAAUCAACGAGUAGAUUGCAAAUGCGUGCGAGAUUUAGAUAAAUAGCAGAGAACCAACCGCACUUGAUUUCUUUCGAUUUUCCGGAAGAAAAACCUAUACUUGUGGGCGUGUGAUAUAAAUACUUGUAGCAGCAACAAUAGCAGUCAAUGAAAGCGGCGAUUAUGACUUGACAAUUAUGUUAAAGAGCUAAAGCGCGGUACCUUCAAGUUCAGAAUUCGCUAAAAAAAAGUGUCAGUGCAGUUGUUUAGCCGCACAAUUCCAUUUACGCGCAUUGCUAACCUUUGUCAACAGCAGAAAUCCCAGCGAGUGCAUACAAAAAUAGACAAAAUGAUUCGCCUAAAACAGUUUUAAGUAAACGAAAAAUAAACUAUUAAAAUAUAUAAAUAACGCAACUUUGCGUCACAACCACUGUUGCCAGGGCUAGAAAGACGUGUGUGCAUUUAUAUACGUCCGUUGUGUGUAAAUUUGGAAGAGUUUGCCAAAAGUUUUGAAACAAGAAAAUUAGCGAAAGGGAAUUUUCCGACAGCCACUCUACGUUUGAAUUCGAAAGCGUACACUACACUAAGCAGCAUUUGACGGCGAACAUAAAUAAAUUGGAAAAUUGUAACUACUGAACCGAACCAGCGGCCAACGACCAGUAAGUGAAUUCAACGACUUCAACCGCAAACAGCAGCGCAACGGCACUAACAACAAAAUCAGCAGUAUCUUUCCUACACCGCAGUGAAAAUCCAGUGCUUGAGUGUGUGCGUGUGUGAAACGUAAUUCAAAAAAGUUUUGUGCGAAAAAUUGCAAUUGCUAAAUACAAUAUUUAUUUUAAUAGUUUUUCACUUAAAAUAAUUUUUGACUUUUUAUUGCAACUAAAGUUUCACAAAACAAUCAACAAAAUGUUGCGUUUAAGUAAAUCGAAUUCGUCUCAGAAACUGUCACUUUUAAAGACUAUAAAGUUUAUGUGAUAUUUGUAUACGUUUAAUAGUCUCAGAAAAACCACAACAACAAUAAUAGUAAUAAAAAGUUUAGGAAAAACUUUUUGCAGUAGAAAAACUGCGUGUUUGCAUAAAAGUUGGUAGCAAAACGCUAAAGUCGCUCCAACACUGUGUGGCAUUUUUUACAUACGGACGCUUUUUAAAAAAUUUUCCGCACUAAGUUAAACGGAGCUUAAAUCGAAAUCGGCUACGAAAGUUCCGGAAUCAGAAAGAAAGCAAAAAUUUAUGUCUAAAACUACUGCGUAAUUUUCGCUAGAAAAAGCUCACGAAAAGUAAGCGUUAACGGUGUGCUCCAACGAGAAGUUUAAAAAGUCUGCAAAAACAUUUAUUACUUAAAGUAAUUUGAUCUAAUCAAAAACUUUCGGUGCAAAAAAUUGUGUUUUCCUUGAACUAACCGAGAAAAAAAAACGUCGCAAAAACUCAAAAAUCGUUCUCAUAAAUUAAAAAAAAAAAAAAACAAUUUACUCCUUUAAAUUAUUUUGUGCCCCCAUCGACCCUAAACACAUUCCAUACGUUUUAAGAAAACAGAGUUCAGGCACGCAAAUCGUGCUCCCAAACCGCAAAUCGCAAAGUGUACUCAGUUUGAGACAACAGAAAAAGCAGCAGCAGAGUCAACGUUUGAGGCAGCAGCAGCAGCAGCUGAAGCAGUUCAAGUGCAAAUAUCUACGCGUCCGACAUUCAAUAGACGCCUUACAGUUGUCACACACCAAUUACCGUCACUGCCUAAUGGCAAGUUCGCUUAAUAAAACGAGACACAGGCGCAGAUUGACUGCGAUCUCGUUUCUAUCGAAUAUUUCAUUAGAUGGCACACAUCGGGAUACUAAACUUGGAGCAACAAUUGGUAUCUGUGGCACCGGGGCUACAACCUACAACGCAACGGCAGCGGGAUUACAAAGUGGCGCAACAACUGGAAGCGGCGGCGGCGGCAAUAUCGGCAUCGGAGUUGGUGGCGGCCAAUACAACAAGCAGCAACUACAUUUCAACAACUACAAUCGCAAUAAUCGACAUCCACGGCAACAGCAACAGCAUCAUCAGCAUCAGCAUCAAUACUAUUAUACGCAACAUCAUACGAAUGGCGGUUGCAAUGUUGGCAACGGCAACGCCGGCACUGGCAUUGGCAUGCACGCCCCUUCAGCCGUUAUGUUUCUCACCAGCUGCGAUGACUCGCAUAUGGAGUACAUUGGUGGCGGUGGCGGCGGUGAUGGCAGCGGUGGUGCUGGUAGUGAUGGUUGUGCCGAUAGUACCGGCAGCGCCGAUGGUGAUGGGCAUUUUAGUGAAAUUGAAAAUAUGGGUCAACACUUGAUAAAUGCACGGCAAGGUAACGCUUACAAGGGCGAUGGAGGCAUUAAAGCAACAGCAGCAACGGCUGUCACAGCUAAGUCGACAGCAGUUAAGCAUUUGGAUAAAUCCGCAGCGGCUGGAUAUGGUGACGAUUUCGACGUCAUCGGCAGUGAUGGCGGCAGCAUUGUCGGUGGUGGUGGAGCAUCUGUGCCAGAGAAGCGCAAUGCUAAGCGACCUACAUCGAGUAGUCGGCAACAGGGCAAUCAAAAUUGCAAGCAAACUUCUAAGCAAGGCACAAUGGGUAUUGCCAGCAAGCAACAGUUGGCUGGCGGUAGCGGCGGCUCGGGCGCUGAGAGCGGCAGUGAUUCGGAUAGCGUCAAAAUACCAAUGAAAGUUUCGAGCAUGGGUGCUGGCAUACUAAUGCCAUUGCGUGAAAGAACCUUCAGUAAUGGCGCCAAUGAUGCCAAUAUCAUGCCGGAACGUCGUGCGCGUCUCAAUACGGCACCUGGUAUGCGGAUGGGCGUCAGUAGUGGUAGUGGCAAGCGAUCGUGCAACAUAAUACACGGUUCCACACACAUCACUGACGAUAGCAGUACGGAGAGCUUGACACCCGGCAGUUUUCCGGGCAGUUUUACUGGACGUGGCAGUAUCAGUAAGAGCGUACAAAUCAACGAUGCAAAAGAUUUACGUUUCCUCAAUACACAAGCGCACAAACAGCAUCAAUACAAGGAUGAGCGCGUGGUGCUGAUGUCACGCAAAGUGCCAUUCUUCAUUUUCUCGGCAUUGCCGUACUAUAAGGGUAAAAAUGGCAGAGCCGAAUUGCGUAAAGAGGGCCGUCGUCGCAACACAUCCGGUUCACGUCCUCUAUCAGCAAUCAACGAUGCACCCUUCGAUCCAUUCGACUUGUUGGGCAUCGAAAAGGGUGAAAGUGGGCAGGAAAUCUCCUAUGGACAUCUACUCAUUCCGUCACGUCACUAUGGCAAGGAGAGUAAGAGCAAACAUGGGGGCGGCACUACAGGCAACACGUCAGUGCUGGAUAAUCAAAUGGAAAUUACAAGUACAGCAGCACUUAAAAAUCAUGGUAUCGCCAGGACGAAAGUUAUAACCUGGCAAAAGGGAAAAUGGUGCUUUACUUAUGACAACAACAAUCGCAAUAGCACCGCAAGUCCCACACCGGAUAUAAAAUUGGAUUUGGAUGAUAAUUUGAUAUUGAGCGCCGAUGGCACGCGCGGCAUGCAGUUCCAAUAUUCUGCAAAUAUUUUAGAUGAUCCCGAGCUGAUUGCUGGCAAGCAUCGCACUUUGCUAACAUUCACCUCGUAUAUGACAUCGGUGAUCGAUUAUGUACGUCCAUCGGAUCUGAAGAAGGAAUUGAAUGAUAAAUUUCGUGAGAAAUUUCCGCACAUACAAUUAACGCUGAGCAAGUUAAGAAGCAUUAAGCGCGAAAUGCGGCGCAUCAACAAAAUGGACAGUCGCAUCGAUUUGGUCACCAUUUCACAGGCAUACGUCUACUUUGAAAAACUCAUCUUGGGCAAUUUAAUUAAUAAAAGUAAUCGCAAACUAUGCGCAGGCGCUUGUAUGCUAUUAAGCGCCAAAAUGAACGACGUUAAAGGUGAAGCGUUGAAAAGUUUAAUUGAGAAAACCGAAAAUGUAUUUCGUCUCAAUCGUAAAGAGCUAAUCGCUUCGGAAUUCGCUGUACUUGUGGCAUUGGAGUUCAGCUUGCAUGUACCCAUGCAUGAGGUGUUGCCGCAUUAUCAGCGUUUGCUAUACGAAUCCUAGAAUUGGCCGAAACGCUUCGCCGAAAAACGCCUGGUAGCGGUGACAUCUCGUGUCUAUUUUCGGCGGCGCCAUAGUAGUAAAAAAUGAAAUGUAGUAAAUAAGGAAAUGGAAUGAGCGUAAUUUGUACAGGAAAAAAGGAAAUUGUGUAGGCGAAAGAAAGGAACUCUUUUAAGGCAAUAUUGGCCACGAUUGAAAUUAUAAGUAAGCCAGUUACAAGAGUGAAUAAAAAGCAGUUUGCAAAUGCAAAAAAUUUAUUAAGCUAUUUUGCAAAGUUUUGAAGUCGAAACCUUUUAAAGUAGUAAUCGUAAGGAAAUCGUAAAUUUAACGCUGAGCAAAAUGAAUUGCAACGAUAUUUUGGAAAACAAAAAUUUGUACUUAAAGGCUAAGCGAGCAGACAAAAAACAUUUUAAUAGUGUAUAAGAAAAUAUUUAUAAGUAAAAUAAUUAGUCAGCAUUGGCGACUUUUUUUAUAGAGGAAAUUUAAUUUGAACAUUGGGCACAGCAACAAACAGAAGAAAGCGUUAAGAGGUGGUUAGGGAUAGUCAGAGGCACGAAAAAGUGAUGAUUUUUAAUCUUUUUUUUUUUGCUAGUCAAUUGCUGUAUUUUACAAUAAUAAAAACAUAGCAUUAAUACAUCCUGUUUCUUGACUUGACUUUAGUAAAAUAAAAAAAAAAAUUAAUAAUUGUAAAAAUUACCGCUGUUUGUGUGGAGCCCGUUUCUCUAGAAGUCCCGUGCGGUGAUCACACAAGUCCUUGGAGAUUCUUCUAAAAUCAAUCGGAUAAGAGAAAUUAAUUUUAUUAAUAGAUAAUCUUGUGCCUGAUCGAAGCUUUUUUUUCAAAAUUAACAAUAUGGCGGCCUCAGGAAAUAUUUUUCAGAUUUUUGAGAAAAAAAACCGACAAUUUAUUGUUAAAAAAAAUUGAAAUUUUUGAAAAAGUUCCUUGGAUCAGGCACGAGUUUUUUAUUUGUUUCAAAAGUAGUAGACAUUCUAUUGAAAUCUACCAAGCUGUUUUUAAGUUACAGUGAUCACCAGUUCAAAAAACAUAGUUUUGGGAAAAACGCAUUUAAAGUUUUGCUAUCGAUUUAAGUAGAGUUAAACGAGUUAUUUAAUUACUUACUCUGUAUCAUAUAUUCCUGGGCCAUAUAAUAGUUCUUCAGCCGUCAUAGCAGCUCCCAAAAUAUCGCUUUGCUGUUGCCUGCGUAGCAUUCCACCUUCUCGAGUGUUAUCGUUAGCGCGCUUAUCUGUCACUUUCAUACGUGCAGCUGCUAGCUACUUGCUCUCGAACGCUCCGAAGCGCCCUAGCGCCCUUUGCUAAUUGUUGAAUAACGCGAAAAGUACUUGUCGGACUCACUUCAAAUUUUCACACAAUAUUUUUAACAUAUUUUACUUUAAGAAAAUGCAAAAAACAUCAAAUUUUUGAAAAUUUUGACUACCCCUAACCCCUUAAAGCGUUUCUACACUUCAGUGUAAGUGGAAUAUGUAAGUGGGGCGCUAAACUUAUGCGUUAAACUAAUUCCUGUACUUAAAGUGAGAAAAAAAUUUUGUAUUUAACUGCUGUUUCACUUGUAACAAACGAAAAGAGUUUCUAUUUUACCCAUAGAUAAUUGGUCAAAUGUACAAUGAAAUAAUUUACACACAUACAUAUAUAAAUUAAAUAAUGAAUUAGCGGAAUAUUAACAGAUAAGGCUUUUAAAAACUAAACGAAAUUUAAUUAGAAGUAAUGCAAUACCAAUACAAAUACAAACAUUGGAAAAAAGUAAACGAAAAUUAAAUAAUUGUCAAUCAACCAAAUGCUUUGGAAAUUUGAACGAAAAUCAAUGAUGACGAAAUUAAAAGCAAAAAGAAAGAAUUUAACGAAAUUUUUUUUGUAUAGAAAACAUUUUGAAAAUGUCUUAAGUAGCAUAAAACCGCUACGCGGGCUAAAUAGAAAAAUUAAUAAAUAACAAAAAAACAGAAAUAGAUUCUUUAAACCAAAUGUCUUUUUUUUUGGAAUUUUUGUUUUUUUUUAAUUAAUACAAAAUCAAAAAUGCAAACGAAAUUCAUUUGAUCUGUUAUAAAUUUAUUCAAAUUUCGAGUCAUCUAGUCGUGAUCAUAUCUCCUAGCUUCACUUAGCGUAUUGCUUAGAUUUUAAAUUAAACCAAAAAAAAAAAAAAAAAAAAAAAAACGGUCGACCAAAAUAAGCUUACACACAUUUUCUUGACUAAAAAUAGUGCAAGAAGCACAUAAAGCAUACAAAUUUCAAUAAAAAUUUUAAUACAAACUUAGUGUUAAGUUUUUGAAUUAAAUUGAAUAACUUACUCACCCACAAAAUACAAAAUGUUAUUGAAAAGAAAAAGAAAGUAAGCACUAAAGUAUAGUAGUAAGUAAAAUCAUAUAUUGUUCGCAGCUUAAGACUUUCUGAAAACAAAAAAAUACAUAUAAUAUAUAUAUACAUAAAAUAUUUAAUGUGAAAUUUUGUUUACUUCUUAUGCUUAUGCGAUGGCGUUUUGAUAUUUGUAUGUAUUUAAGAAUUAUAAAGUUUAUGCUGCGCAGUACAUAUUUGAAGUUUGUGCGUGAGAACGUGAAAAUGUAUGUAUAAGUGUUUGUAUGCUUGCCAGAAAUAUUUAUGUACAAUAGCUGAGCGUGUUUUUGUAAUAUUCACAAACAACAUUUCUUUGGUCUAGCCACGCAUGUAUGUAUUAUAUUAAAUACAUUAUAUUUAUAUUUAUAUAUAUAUAUAAGAAGUUUUGCAAAACGUUUUAGUCUAAGUUGAAGUGCGUUGAUUACAAUUUUUAUAAGCUUAUAAAUGUUUUUGGUUUUGGUUUGAGUUUUUAAUAUUUAAUGUUUUACAAUUUUUCAAAGAUGUUUUUUCAUUCACAUGAUUAUGUAUAAAAGUUUCCUUAUUUUGCUCAAAGAUAUUUUACGAAAUGUUAACCUUUUUUUAUUGGAAGUUAUAUGUUUGUUUUGAAAACUAUAUUUUUUUAAAUAAAAAGACAAAUAUGUAUGUAACAGAA